AUGAAGAGCCUCACUUGUCACCCCGGGAUCAUCAGCAAGAUGAAGGUGCUGACGCUGUUGUUGCUGGGUCUGACGGUGGCGAUCGCCGCUCCCCAGUAUUCUGUACCCCCUCCACCACCACCCCCUCCACCACCACCACCCCCUCCUCCUCCUCCACCACCUCCACCAACUUACGGACCUCCCCCUCCUCCCCCACCACCACCUCCCCCACCCUACGGCGCUCCAGUAGCCGCCCCAAAACCCCCGGUUGAGAUCCUAGUUGACGUGCGCGAGGGACCUGACGAGGCAGGAGCAUACAAGUUCAACUUCGAGAGUGCUGACGGCACCAGUCGUCAGGAGCAGGGCGCCCCCCAGGGAGAGACUGGCGCCGUGGCUACCCAGGGAGAAUGGUCGUUCACCUUCCCCGACGGGACUCCGGGUCAGUUCACAUUCGUGGCCGACGCUAAUGGCUUCAAUGUGAAGUCCGCCUUGCUGCCCGUGGGUCCGCCCUUGCCAGCCCACGCCAUUGCCCAGAUCGAGGCAGCUAAAAAGGAGGCAGAAGCAGCAGCCGCUGCAGCCGCUUCUCCCCCUGCACCAGGGUACUCUGUCCCAGUACCACCGACCAAUUACGUUUAACCUUAGAUGCCUGUUUGACUGUAUUUAGGAAAAAGACUGCAUGGGAGCAAGCUGAAGUGUAGAGACACAUGGAGGAGUCUACGUAUUAGUCUCCUAGAAUCACCGAAUUCCAGCUUCUAAUUAUGUUUCAGGUAAAACAGACUUUUCAUUCUAUCCUGAAGAGUCUUGUUGCCAAAGAGAACUGUAUCACCGGUUAUUGAGUCUCUACCCACCUUCAGUAUUGUAACCAAAUCUGGAAUGUUUUAAUUACUGGAUUACGUAGGCUGCUGGAUACCUUAUUGCUCAGAAAAUAUUAUGAAUGAAUGGUAAACAGACUUGGCUUUAAAGAGAUGAGAUUUUAAUUGGGUGGUGUCCUUGGUUUCCGGUAAAGUAAUGUCAGGGAUCCUUGAUGCCUUCAAUUACCUUAAAAUUUAGUGUUAGCUGCUUUCAUUUCUAAUUCUUUUGCCUCCUUAGCUUUAGUACCUGUCUUAGGUGUACUUUGAGACUUUAUUGCCUGCGAUCUUACCUUCUCUGCAUUUAUUCUUUCUUGCAUCCUCCGAAUACCAUAUGUCUAAGCUGACUUUCUUGAGACUCGAGCUGCCAAGGACUUUGACUGUCUAGGAGUUAUAAGAAAAAAAUUAUUUUUGACCUUAUUGUCUUGUACUGUAUCUUUAAAUUAUAAAUAAAUAUUUUUGAGCAUUA